CAGAAAAGUUCGAAAGCGCCAACUUCUGAAAUACUGUACAUAGAUUGAUUGCCGGCAAUCGAUCAUCGCGUUAAAUCAAGGAAAUUUACACCAAUUCACGAUUCAGGAUAUUGUAUUACAAAAUGGAGUCAGUGACAGUCAUGCUGGCCGGGUAUAGCCGUCCGUAUCCUUUUAGGAAAGAAUCAGGGGAGAAAAUCAUUAGUGCAGCCGACAAAACAAAGGCAGCCAAAGACGGCAGAAGAAAGCUAGCUUGGCUGUAUUCAAACGGUGGCCCCAACCAGUUAAAAAACACCUUUUACAGUUCACUUGAAACAGAAGUGUAUCCCUUUGAACAUUUCAAUAAAGCUGCCCAUGACACUAGAAAUUUGGAAAAUAUCAAAUUACCAGGAAGUGAUAGCCCCAACAAAGUUCCCGACGAAAUAAUAUGUAGCAUGCUUCAGAAAAUAUGGUUUGAUUUGCACCCUGUGAUGGACAGAUGGGAGAAAAUCUGCUAUAAACCCCUGGAUACUAUAACUGAGAUGACCUCAGCUAAUCGGGUGCCCCCUAUCCCGGCAGCUCAGCCUCCUCCCACCCUUGCAUCGGCUCCGGCUAAGGUAGUGACAGCCCCCGAGGACAGUGUCAGGUCCAGGAAAGGGCGGGGCAGAAAAUUUAUCCGUGCUUUGCGAAAAAUCUUCAGACGCCUGUUUGGGAAAGAGAAGAAAUAAUUUGUGUCACCAUCAACGUGUGCAUAUUUAUUUCUGUCAUUUGCUGUACUUUGGUGCUGUAUUUUUAGAGUUUCUGAACUGCCCAUCGAUUUCUCUCUUAAAACUAUGAACUCCUCAGAGUUUUCUUUGUCAUCCAUAUUUCAAGCAUUAUCAGUAUCCAUUUUUAUAAUCAAAGAAGUUUACAAUUUGACCUUCUGAUACUUUUUGCUUUUGUAGUGCUAAUUUUACACGAUGCCUGUACGACAGGUCACUUACGGUGUAUUUCAUUUGUUAUAUUUUAAUAAAGUUUUUAUUUACAUAUACUGAGAUUCUGUAUUUAAUUGGAGGUUGUUUCAAAAAGGCAAUAUUUCUUCAUACAUCCAUUUCAAUGUUUUGUAUGUUGCGGAAUAACGAUGCAAAUCUGGUGAGAUCAUUUAUUAUAAUCAUCUGUCAUCGCAGAUUAGUUUGUUGCGUAUGAUUUCAAGAACUGUUAUAUAUAAACAUAUUUUAAGGCCCAUGUUAUACUGAGUAAACGGGCGUAUAUUAAAGGGAUUCAUCACCAGACAAGAAAGUUGAAAUGUUCAUCGUCUCCUCCUUGUUUCAUCACUCAUAACCCUGGAGCUUUCAACACUACACAGAAGCAUGAAUUGAAAAACUGUACAGGAAUUAGACUUGAUUGUCUAGACGAAAAGCAGAAGAAAAAGUCAUUUUUUUUUGGAGGGGAGAAACUGGGGUAGACGGGGAAAACCACAUACCUUUGGCAGCAAACCAACAAACUUUUCCACAUGUGAAAUACACAUAUGCAAUUCGCAGUGGUGGAAGACAUCGCCAUUUGUAACGAUUUAAAUUGCUAAACGCCACGUUACCAUAUGCAACAUAUCAGAAGCUUCUAAACAGCCAUUUUGUAAAGCUUUGCAUUUCACCUUUAACUAGGAAAAAGAAUUGUUAACAAACCUCGACUUUAGUAGAAUCACUAUUGGUCAAAUGUAUAUUUUUGAAAUCAGAAAGGUCACAAAAUCACAUGACAGAAUGCAUAUCCAGGAAGACAAUCAGUUUUAAGGAUGAAGGAAACCACAGUCCCCUCAGUUAACCACUACCCUUUGUAAAUAACCAAAAAAUACUUAAGUUUUGAGGAAUGGCACACAUAUACAUGCAACACAUCAUUCAAAACAUGGUUUGUGAGGGCCAUACUGUUUGUCCUUAUUGAAACUGUGGCAGUCUCAGCUGUUUCAUUUGGGUGAGAAAAACCAGGAACGAUUGGGUUAAACCACCAAACCUUUGGCAAGUUACUUUUCUGCAUUUUCACCAUACUAAUAGAAGACACUAACAAAUGGCUUGACUGCAGAAGCAGCUACACGAGCGUUAUGAUUAUCAAGGCCUCAAGAAUGGUGACAGGGUGGGGUGGUCAGCAAAUUCUCUGUUUAAGGCCCGCGUUUCAAUCUUCAGUCAUCUGGAGUGCUAAUGAACAUCAAGCACCUUAUAAUUUCACCAGUUGUGUCUGAAUCACUGCCUCCUGCCUUUGUCCUACCAAUAGAAAGAUGUAUCUCUAACCACGACCCUA